CUCGCUUAAGAACGACUUAGUAGCUCUACCUCCCCCUCUAGAUCGACAUAAGUAGCGGCGCCACUCGUACGAGCUAUACCCUUCUAAGCGAGUGUCUAAGCGACUGUCUCUACGGAGCUAAAACACUCUACUAUAUCGUAACUCGAUGGCAUCCUUAGAAAAAUAUUGCUUCGUCUCGUCGGAGGUCUACUUCUUGGUCUGCAAAGAUAAAAAGAGCACUUAAACCUUAGCCAGUUGCACCCGAAUCCCCCACUACCAGAUUUGAGCAUUUUGCAAAACGUAACAGCUACAUCGCUAGUAACGACAAAUCCAUAAUCACAACUAUGUACCCGCUUCAGUUUGUUUCGGGGUCGAUCACUCUUCUACUUCUAUUAACCAAAGUCUCUGCGUUCACUCUAGAAGGCUGGCUGGGCCAGCGAUGCAGUGGAGAGGAAGUGUUCAGCCGGACUCUCGGGCUCCAAGACGGAUGUGUCACCACGGGCAUGGGACAGGCUGAAAGCGUCACUAUACAGACCCAGGAUACGGAUCAACCAAACGAUCUUGUUGCGUUCUACAGAACAGAUGACUGUAGCGUGACCGAGCUAAUCACGACCUCUUCUGGUGGUGGAUGCGCAAACAUUGACGAUACGGGAGAUCUUGUUUAUAUGAGCUUCAGAGUCGUAAGGGCAUGAACCUACGGUCCUAAUCUUGGUCGCCCUAGAGCGAGCGAAUGAGCGAAUGAGCGAAUGCGUCGAUUGUGGGUACACAGGGCCCGGGAAUGAGUACAUGGCGGAGAAGUUUGAAGGCGCCUACGAUCGACGUCGUAUUGCCUUUGAAAUGUUGCGGAUUAGACGGAUAUUUCAGGUACCUUCAUACCAUCAUGCACGUGGAAGAUUUUCUUGAGUUCCACUUUGGAGAUCAAAUCUUUUUUACUCUCUCGCGUCCUCUUCCAAUCAUGUAUCAUUUCGAA